UGUCGGGAGCGCGCCAGCCGGGCUCCGGGGACGCGCACGGGCUGGUCUCUGCCCUAAUGCGGCUGGCGGCGAGAGGCGCUGCAGGCGUAGAAGGGGACAAGCGGUGGCCCCGGCAACCGAGGACCCUGACCGCUCCUGGACCUGAACUGGAGCCGGAGUUUGAAGCCCUGGACGUGGAGAGAGUGAGCAAUAGCAAUCAGAAGGCAGGAACCCAGAAGAGAGAAUCUAGAAAGGAGCAAACAAACCCACCAAAGAGGUUACUUGACUUAUGUGCAGUUUGGGAAAGUGGAGUUUUCCAUCCCUCCGCUGGCCAGGACAGUGUCUCCAAUACUGUUUCGAACAGGAGGGUGAAUGAAACAGAGAAGCUGAGCUCUCUCCAGGCAGUCCAGCUCGAGCAGCAGCAAGAGACGGCGAGGUCCAGAGGAAAGGGGAGCUGGGAUCGGGGCCCAGCACCCAGAAUGGCUGUGUGGACAUUUCUCUGGAUCCAUGCGACCUUCAGCCUCUGGCUCUUCAGCUUCGUUGGGGCCAUUGAGGUGCCUCUGGAUCCAAACAUUCAAAAUGAGCUAUCUCAGCCCCCAACCAUCACCAAGCAGUCAGUGAAAAAUUACAUCGUGGACCCUCGGGAUAACAUCCUCAUUGAGUGUGAAGCUAAAGGAAACCCUGCCCCCAGUUUCCAAUGGACACGAAAUAGCCGGUUCUUCAACGUGGCCAAGGACCCUCGGGUGUCAAUGUUUCGCCGGUCAGGGACACUGGUGAUUGACUUCCGGAGUGGUGGACGACCCGAAGAGUAUGAGGGAGAAUACCAGUGCUUUGCACGCAACAAGUUUGGGACGGCCCUAUCUAACAGGAUCUUUCUGCAGGUGUCAAAGUCACCCCUGUGGCCCAAGGAAAACCUGGAUCCUGUAGUGGUUCAAGAGGGAGCCCCCCUGACCCUCCAGUGCAACCCCCCUCCUGGACUGCCAUCUCCUGUCAUCUUCUGGAUGAGCAGCUCCAUGGAGCCUAUUAAUCAGGACAAGCGUGUCUCCCAAGGCCAGAAUGGGGAUCUGUACUUCUCUAAUGUGAUGCUUCAGGAUGCCAAGACUGACUACAGCUGCAAUGCCCGCUUCCACUUUACGCAUACCAUCCAGCAGAAAAAUCCAUUCACGCUCAAGGUCCUUACCACCCGAGGAGUCGCAGAGAGGACGCCCAGCUUCAUGUAUCCCCUGGGCACGUCAAGCAGCCAGAUGGUUCUGAGGGGCAUGGACUUGCUGCUGGAGUGCAUCGCCUCAGGGGUACCAGCACCAGACAUCGCAUGGUACAAGAAAGGUGGGGACCUUCCAGCCGGCAAGGUCAAAUUUGAAAACUUUAAUAAGGCCCUGCGUAUCACCAAUGUCUCAGAGGAGGACUCUGGGGAGUAUUUCUGUCUGGCCUCCAACAAGAUGGGCAGCAUCCGGCACACGAUCUCGGUGAGAGUAAAGGCCGCCCCUUAUUGGCUAGAUGAACCCAAGAACCUUAUCCUGGCCCCCGGUGAAGAUGGAAGGCUGGUGUGUCGGGCCAAUGGGAAUCCCAAGCCCACUGUCCAAUGGCUGGUGAAUGGGGAUCCUUUGGAAGUGGCACCGCCCAACCCAAGUCGUGAGGUAGCUGGAGACACCAUCAUAUUCCGGGACACUCAGAUUGGCAGCAGCGCAGUGUAUCAAUGUAAUGCAUCCAACGAUCAUGGUUACCUUCUAGCCAAUGCCUUCGUCAGUGUUCUGGAUGUACCUCCUCGGAUGUUGUCCCCUCGGAACCAGCUCAUCAAGGUGAUCCAUUAUAACCGGACUCGGCUGGACUGUCCUUUCUUUGGCUCCCCAAUCCCCACCCUCCGAUGGUUUAAGAAUGGGCAGGGGAGCAACCUGGAUGGUGGCAACUACCAAGUCCAUGAGAACGGCAGCUUGGAGAUGACCAUGGCCCGAAAAGAAGACCAGGGCAUCUAUACUUGUGUGGCCACCAACAUCCUGGGCAAAGCAGAGAACCAAGUCCGCCUGGAGGUCAAAGACCCCACCCGGAUAAUUCGGGUGCCUGAGGACCAGGUGGUCAAGAGAGGUUCAAACGUCGUGUUGGAGUGUCGAGUGAAGCAUGACCCCACUCUGAAGCUUACAGUCAACUGGCUGAAGGAUGAUGAGCCGCUCUACAUUGGAAACAGGAUGAAGAAGGAAGAGGACACCCUCACCAUCUUUGGUGUGGCUGACCGGGACCAAGGAAGCUACACCUGUAUGGCCAGCACCGAGCUUGACCGGGACAUAGCCAAGGCCUAUCUCACCGUGCUAGCUGCUCAGGUUGCUCCAACUAACCGUAUGGCUCCCCUGCCCAAAGAGCGACCAGAUCCUCCUCGAGACCUAGAGCUGACUGACCUUGAGGAAAGAAGUGUGAGACUGACCUGGAUCCCUGGGGAUGACAACAACAGCCCCAUCACAGAGUACAUUGUACAGUUUGAAGAAGACCAGUUCCAGCCCGGUGUCUGGCAUAGCCAUUCAAAACACCCAGGCAGCGUCAAUUCAGCAGUCCUCCAGCUGUCCCCGUAUGUCAACUACCAGUUCCGCGUCAUCGCUGUCAAUGAUGUUGGAAGCAGUCAUCCUAGCCUCCCAUCGGAGCGAUACAGGACCAGUGGUGCACCCCCAGAGUCCAAUCCGGGUGAUGUAAAGGGAGCCGGGUCUAGAAAGAACAACAUGGAAAUCACAUGGACGCCCAUGAACGCCACGUCUGCAUUCGGACCCAACCUCCGCUAUAUUGUUAAGUGGCGGCGGCGAGAAGGAAGGGAGAGCUGGAACAACGCCACGGUAUGGGGCUCCCGUUACACGGUGUCGCCGACCCCUGUCUACGUGCCUUAUGAGAUCCGAGUGCAGGCGGAGAAUGAUUUUGGAAAGGGACCCGAGCCAGACACCGUCAUUGGCUACUCUGGGGAAGAUUAUCCCAGGGCCGCACCCACUGACGUAAAAGUUCGAGUCCUGAACAGCACAGCCAUCGGCCUUCAGUGGAACCGAGUCUACCUGGACACGGUCCAGGGUCAGCUUAGAGAGUAUCGAGCUUAUUUCUGGAGGGAGAGCAGCUUGCUGAAGGGCCUCUGGGUGUCUCAAAAGAGACAAUUUGCCAGUUUCUCCAGUGACCGAGCCCGGGGUGUAGUGUCAAGCCUGUUCCCCUACAGCAACUACAAACUGGAGAUGGUUGUGGUCAAUGGGAGAGGCGAUGGGCCUCGCAGUGAAGUCAAGGAGUUCACCACCCCAGAAGGAGUACCCAGUGCCCCCAGACGUUUCCGAGUCCGACAGCCCAACCUGGAGACAAUCAACCUGGAAUGGGAUCACCCUGAACACCCCAAUGGGAUCCUGACAGGAUACAAUCUUAAAUAUCUUGCCUUUAAUGGAACCAAGACAGGGAAGGCUGUGAUUGAGACCUUCUCUCCCAAUCAGACUAAGUUCUCAAUACAGAGAGCAGACCCUGUGUCCCGAUACCGCUUCUCACUCAGUGCCAGGACCCAAGUGGGUCCCGGAGAAGUGGUCACGGAGGAGUCUCCAGCUCCACCAAAUGAAGCUACUCCAACCCCAGCUCCCACCAUGUUGCCUCCAACUACAGUCAGUGCGACGAGUGCGGUGAGCAGUACUGAUGUUACUGCCAUAGCCAUCACCGCCGCGGCCACGGCAGUCCCCACUGUUGCACCUACCACUACUAUCACCACUGCCGCCGCCACCACCACCACCACCACCACCACCACCACCACCGUCGCUACAACUGCUUCUACUACCACUACCGCUGCCACCACUACCACGGAGAGCCCUCCAUCCGCCGUGACUAAGAUACAGGACACUGCCCCCUAUGGACAGUCCAUAUGGAACUUCACAGUGAAGGCCAACAGUAAAUCGGCCAACCUCACAUGGGACCACAAUCUCGAGCCAGGAACUGACUUUGUGAUUGAGUAUUCAGACAGCAAAGAGUCAACAACAAUUUCCUCUGUUAAGGCUCAGUCUAUCUCGGUGACCAACCUCAAUCCCGGGAUUUUCUACUCGUUCCGGGUUUAUUCCCAAAACAGACCCGCUAUCACCAGUUCCCUCGUCACUAUUCAGACUGCUACUGACUCAGCUUUCACCAAGAACCAGGUAGACAUCGCCACCCAAGGAUGGUUCAUCGGGCUCAUGUGUGCGAUUGCUUUGCUGGUGCUGAUCCUACUCAUCGUCUGCUUCAUCAAAAGGAGUAGAGGAGGAAAAUACCCAGUUCGAGAAAAGAAGGAUGUUCCCCUUGAUCCCGAAGACCAGAAAGAAGAGGAUGGUUCCUUUGAUUACAGUGACGAGGACAACAAGCCCCUACAAGGAAGCCAGACAUCCUUGGAUGGUACCAUCAAACAGCAAGAGAGCGAUGACAGCCUGGUGGACUAUGGCGAGGGGGGAGAAGGACAGUUUAAUGAAGAUGGAUCUUUUAUUGGCCAAUACACAGUCAAAAAGGACAAGGAAGAGACAGAAGGGAAUGAAAGCUCAGAGGCCACAUCGCCCGUCAAUGCCAUCUACUCCCUGGCAUAGGGGACCCACACAGACGCAGCCACUCUAGUCAAUGGGGGGAGGGGAGGCGGGAAGGAAAAAACCCACUGCAGACUGACUACUAAACCACCACCACCCAAAGGGACGAGGGCGGGCAUAGCAAUCAGAGACGCCAGUGUCGGGAGAUCAGCUGAGCCGCGUGGACCUGUGACAGCCCAGCCGACAGCAAAGCCUCCCCCCUUCCUCUCCCCUCUCUCCCUCCCUCUCCACCCCCGGGUGCCAACAGGGUGACCACAGAGCUGGAGACCAGACCUGAGCUGAGCCAGAAGGGAACAGGCUCCUGAGGCUCAGCCACCUGACGGUGAGCUUCCAGGAUCGAACCACCCCUGUCCCCUCCACCUCAUCCUCAAUAUGCACACAAGUUAUUGGCAACAUUUCACUCUAGUUUCCUUCUAAGAAGUUAUGGCAUCUCUCCCCUUUACACUCUGCACCUCUCCACUUUCACCUUUGUUCUCUUUAAAAAAAAAAAGUUUCCACUUUUGUUUUUCUUUUGGAGAUAAAUCCCAGGAAGAGAAUGGAGGGACAGCCUCUCCCCAGAGAUCAGCAAGAGACUGGCAAAAGGAUCAAUCAGCAAUAGGACAGAGAAUCUCUAGUAUUCAGACACUUCUGGGCCCCAUUAUUUCCAAAGGAUGCCUUUCCAGCCACGUGCGCACCAUUCCCUCACCCUUCCUCUUCUGCCUUUGUUCACACUGACCUGGGUCUGCCUUCUUUCUGCAAAGCAACAGUAUUUUUGACAGAGAGAGGAUGAACAGGGUCUCAUUCCUCUUUCUGGCUCAUGUUGGGAGCUGGGCACUUCCUUAUGCUGUGGGGAUAUAACUCCCCAUCUUCCUCAAAAUACAUGGAGUUAUUUUUAUCCUGAUCAAGAGGUCUUGGACUGCAGGAACAAGAAGAUGGUGCUUGAAUGAAAGGUCUUGGACUUCUGCAACCAGCUCUCUCUAGACAGAUAUAAAUCCUAAAUCUGGGUACCUAAGGAAGGUAGGCGUGUUUGGACUUGGAGAAGAAAAAAAAAAGGAAGAAGCUUCUGGAUUUUGACCUCCCUCCUCUCUCCCUCCCCCCACCCCAGUAAAGCUCCAAAUCUGACAGCGGAUUAGAUGAAGAACAUCCAAGUUAGAUAAAUCAAUCCCUGACAUGGGAAGUAGAUGAGAAAGAGUCCAGAAAUGACACGGAAGUAGAUGAGAAGGAGUCCAGCAUGGCCAUCCUGAGGGAGAUUGGACUUUGUCCCAGCAGAACAUCUCUGAGUUUUGCCAGUUUGAGAAGGCUCUCCCUUAUUUCCUCUCCAGUGCACUGGGUAUCAUCUCCAUGCUCCCCACUCAGGAGGCUAUCAAGACUCAUAUUUGACUCGUCAUGUGGACGGUGGUUACUGGUGGGCUCAGCCACAAGACUGUCCACUCCCCCCAGACCAAACUGGUGUUAUCCUUCUGUUGGGGUAUUUACAUAUCAGAAGAACCCAAGGUAACAAUACUAACAGCACUCUACCACCUCCGCCCAGAUAGGAACCCCUCUCAUUGCAAAGUUCCUCCUAUGCCUUACCCAGCUCCCAGCUUUCCUCGGAGUUCUGGGGACUCAGUCCCUCGCUGCAAGCCCCACUGCCUCUGAGGCAUCCGACUCAUGGAGAAUCCGGCCACCUAUGCAAUGCUUCACGGCAGCAGCAGAAACGACCACUUAGCCCCGUCCCCGGACCUACGGUGAGUGGAGCCGUUUCCGCCAGCAGCACCGACUCACGGGGCUGCCUCCUAGUCCCCUCCGAGCGCAUUUAUUAAAAAACCAAAGUUACCUAGCCCGUGUGCGAGAGGCGGCAAGUGGGAGCCAGUCCUGUUCCAUAGCUGUAGCCUAUCUCCAGAGGAUUUUCCUAUUUCGCCCUUCAUGGAUCCAGUACCAUACUGAAGCUUGUACCAGCCGCUGGUUGGUGAAAGAGCCGUGAUGGUGACAGGGCUAAACCCCCCAGACCCAUGGUUUCUCAGCGACAUUUGCCACAUCUCCAAGCCCCAAAGGUAUUACAGCAAAGCUCUUUGUGUGAUGUGAAAAUCAUUCAGAGGAAGCUGAAACUUCCCUGUGCCGCAGGGCAGGUAGGGAAACACGUCAGAAAGCUAGGCUGGGUGCGUUAGUCAAACUUGAGAGCAAUCACGUGCCCCAUGGACUGGACUGGUAUCGCAUCAGAUCUAUUUCCAAAGGAAGAUGCUUUCCAGUGUUGAAAUGGGGCAGGGUAAAAGGCUGGGGGAAACAAGUUCAGGGCCACCCUCGCUCCCACAUAGAGGCAACAGGCCAUUCUAUUGGAGGCAUGGGGGAGCCCAAAGGGAAGGCUUUCUUCCUCCAUGAGACUAUUUAUGAACCUUUACAGCAAGGACCUUGAGGGAGGGGAAGACCAAAGUCCCCUUUGGUCCCCUGUUUUAGUGUUCCAACAACCGUAAUUUUCCCCACUGCUGAGGCAAUAAAGGUGCUGUCCCACUCAAAAUCAUUUGUGAGAGGCCUGUUCAAGGUUGGGGAUUCAGCCUAGCCUGCUACUGGGGAAGCAAGUGUUCCCUCCAUACCCAGCUGACUGACCCAUGCUCCAUGUGCUUCAUCAAAUCUAUAAAGCACAUGGGCUCACCAAGGGCAGCCCAGGUCACCUGCAGGGUGGGCAGCUGCCUCUGGGAAGCAGAGCAUCAGGGAUCACCAGGUCAGGUACAAUCCCAUGCUGGCAUCAGCCCCAGGUCAGCAGGCAAAUAGUAUUGGCCAGCGUUCACUGCUGGGCUGGGUCUCUCAGAACACACAACUACAGCAGGUGCCAGGAGUUUAGAAGAAAAGAAAACAAAAAACAAACAAACAAAAAAUAUAACCCAGGUGCUUCAGCCAGCCAAUCUGGUUGGGAUUAGGGGUGGGGUGGGGGCGAGAAUGCAGGCCAUCUCUGCAGGGCUUUAGCAGUAUGGACACCAGGUUCACCCUUGGGGAGGAAAGCCAAAUUCAGCUACCCAGAAUGUCUUGUUCCCUCCCUUCCCAAAUUGUCUGUGCUGCAGUCCCUUCAGAAGGCUCUUUUCCCUCACCUUUACACCACAAGAGCUGUGACUUCCUCCGUCUUUGAACAAAGUGGAUAUUUAAUUGUUGACCACAGUCCAUCUUGUGAAAGCUUAAUAGCUCUUUGGCUCCAAGCCCCGCGGAAAAGCCAGAGAGGACAAGCUGAACUCCAUGUUACAGCAAGCUUGAAGGUGACCAGAAGAGUGGCUGCAGGGGAACUCCUGGAUUCCCUUCCUAGGGGAAAGCCUUGUCACCUUGGUCAGGUUGAUGGAGUUGCUUAUACCUCAUCCCUCUGCCCAAGAGAUUUCAGAGGUAAUGCAUGGAUACUGUUGUGGCAGGAGGUGCUGAUCUGUUCCUUCUCUGUGUCUCCUAGCCUUACUAUGAAAGGCUUUGAGGGUUUUUGGCUAGAAUACAUGUGAGAGAGGAAGAAGGGAGAGGAAUCUGCCUUCCUGUGUCUUGUGUUUUAAUUGAGGUCAAGCUGAAAAGAAAAACGGUCUUCAACUCAUUUCAGGCCUUUUCUGGUCCCAACUAAGUAUUAAGUCUUGAGACGAGCCCUUUAUAUUCUAUCUGAAGGGAGGAUCUAUCGUACAGUCCACAUGGAGAGAGUAGGAACCAGAAGAGCCAUAAGACCCAAGGAGAAUAGAUGCAUCCACAUUGUAAGAAUUGACCAUUGUGGAUCAGAAUCCUUUGCCAAUACCCAGGUCUUUGGGGACAAGGGGUUCAUCUUUGCCCUAGAAUUGGCGUGCAGGUUUCCCGUGGGCCCCAGACCCAGCCAACACAUUAGCCAAUACUGCUGCAUUAUUAAGUCUCUUUUCUUCCAAAAACACAGAUACAUAGAAAGCCUAAAAAAAGUCAGUUACAUUUAGCACUUAGAAGGGAGAUCACUUAAUCUGAUCGCCUCAUUUCUCAGAUGAGCAGUCUGAGACCCAGAGAAACAACUUGCCUAAAUUCUCCCAGUGUCUCUAAUUCCAUCACUUCUAUGUGUCUAAUCCAGGAUUUGAGUGACCCUGUUAUUCUGACUCCAAUUUCAGGAUUUUUUUCCAUCAGAUUGGGACACAAACUUUUUAAAAACGCCUAUAUUGGGUGCAGAGCACUCUGUGAGGUGCGGAAGAAGGUAACAGAGUUUGCACAAAACGUACAUAGAUAGCCCAGUUUAGGGGAAAUGUGCCUUCGAGAGAAGCAGGAGGUCAUGGCAAGACUUUAUAGGUCAGGAUUCAUAAGUGACAUGUGGGAUGAAUGACUCCAAGAACUUGAAAUGUCGAGAGGAGGGAUGUAUAGCACUCAACUCCAGGCUGGCUCUGGGGCAACUUUCACCUUGUUCAAACCAAGGCAUCAAAAGGGUCAAUUUGUACCCAGACUUUAAAGUGACCCUCAUAUAAACCAUCUAGUAAGGGCCCAUGGACUAAUAUGUUUUCUCCUGUGUAAGAGCAGUGUUUCCCAAGAUAGGUUCAGGCAGUGGAGAGGUCCCUGGGGCCCCAGCCAUACCCUAGGACCUGUGCCCUGCUUACAUCACAUCAGUAUUACGUGGGUAUUCUAUCAAGGAUGGACAAGGUUGUCAGCUUCACUUGAUUUAAAGAAGCCCUUUAUUCAAGUUGGAUUCGAUGGCCAAUUAUUUCCUACUUAAACGGACUUUCCCCUCCUGAGGAUGGAUUGCAGAUAGGAGUCUUCUGGUUAUAGGAAUUUGAUUUUAUUCUCUCAUGACUCAUGGCUAGCCCAACCUUGCAUUUGAGAAGUCUCCCAGGACAACAGAAGAGAAUGAAUAAGUCUGAUGGCUUAAAGAGGAAAAGAAGGUCAUUUAGCUGGGAGAGCACACCAUGGACUGAUUCAUCCACCACGUUGGUUUUCAGUAUAGCGUGCCUCCUAUCAGGAUGGAAUCUUUUGUUCUGUUACAUAUCUGGCCCUCGUUAUACAUUACACUUCAAGGACAGGACUCCAAUCAUUCUGGGCUUGUGCCACAGGGAACGUAGGGGCAGUGGGAUGCUCUGCAUUGGGCCACUCCAGCCAAUCAGCACAAGACAGAAAGACUUCAGUUAAGCAAUAAACACAAAAAUCUGGGAAAAGAAGUUCAGAGUUUUGUGUACUGUCAACCCUUUUCUUUUCACAAACAAACACAGACACACACGCAAAAAAUGGAUGAACCCAUCCCAAUGUCUUUUUCUGCUCCCAGAAAAAGAUUUCCUCAGUCAGUGUUGUCCUUCUGCCCAGCUGCCCAGCUCUUUGCCAACUUCUCCAUGAGCUCCUCUUGUUUGGAUUACCAGUUACCUAUCACAGGGCCUGUUUUAUUCUGUACUGGUCCCUGCAACCCUCAUUGCUCACUUCUGCCCACAGUAUCCCUCUCCCUUGUCUUUCUCCCUCCUACUCCCUCAUUGAAGCGUAUUGGGCUUCUUUUUCUCCCCACCCUUUGCACCGCAAAUUCUCAUUGAUUCUUUGCAGGGGAGAAGUUUUUCCCCCUUAUUUUCCUUCAGUCUCUCACUCUCCCAUCUGUCUGGUCUUUUUUUCAUUCAUUAAAUAUUUAACCUUCCAUGGCAGACCUCAUUUUAACACCUCUCACAUACACAUCCCCCCCCUUUUUCUGAAUUAUUUUGCAUUAACCAAAUUUGUCAGCAGUAGAUGAGUAUCAGAGGCUGUCACGAGUGACCUACAGCAGGGAAGAUUUCUGGGCCAUGGAGAACCGUUUAAUUCAUGGACUUAUAAACUGACUGCAUGAGCAAUGAAAAGGCCAAAUUAUUCAGACUUUUUUUGGAAUCACUGUAAAAAAAAAACAAAAACAACAAAAAACACAAACCAACCCAACUGAUUUUUUUUUGUAUAGAGAACACUAAACGUAUAAUAAAAAUUGUUCAAAACCAA